AUGACCCUUUCCAAAGAUGCCUUGUGGGCAACAGGGCACGAUGAAACCGUAGAGGUCAACCAAAGAGCCUUGAUCGACAAAGUCCUUGCACGAUAUUCUGGAGAAUUCACCGUGUUCCGCGAACUCCUCCAAAACUCCGAUGACGCGCAGUCCAAGGCAGUUGAAAUCAGAUUCGAAACUCAGUCAUUUCUAGAUAGAAAGAAGCAAGUUUUACCAGAAGGAAUACCAGGAGAUGUGCAGACGAGGCCGGAUGCCCCGUUGCCAAACUUAAGGACGACGCAUGUGCACCAAUGGACCUUUAGAAAUGACGGGAACUUGUUUAGAGAUGAAGACUGGAAUCGGUUAAAGAAAAUAGCUGAAGGCAACCCUGAUGAGGAAAAGAUAGGAGCGUUUGGCGUCGGGUUCUAUAGUCUUUUCUCGGUCACUGAGGAGCCUUUCGUGACGUCAGGAGAUCAAUGGAUGGGCUUCUACUGGAAGGACGGGAAAGAUCAGCUGUACGCACGACGAGGGCAGCUUCCGAACGAACAACAGGACACAAAUACUUCGUUCACCAUGGCCCUACGAGAACCAACGCCUGUCCCUGUGCCUUUCGACUUCACUAGGUUUCUGGCGUCGUCGCUUACUUUCAUGAGGUAUCUCUCAGAGGUUAACGUAUUUUACGAUGACAAGCAGCUCGUAAAGUUGAGCAAAGCAACGGGCGUUCCACGGCCAUUAAGCAUCCCUGCUGGUCUCAACAAUCGUUCUCCAACUGGUAUCAUGACUGUUGACGGGAUCCAAUCUACACCGCUUCGUAUUCAAGCGGAAGUCAUGAAAUGGAUAUAUUUGUCUGGGACAGAAAAGAAGCGUCUAGUUCUGACAAAACAGGUCAAGCCAGCGAACACUGGUGGUGGAUUUUUUGCUUCCAUCCUGUCGUCAUUUUCCGGAGCUGCUUCACGGGCUCCUACACCCCAACCACUCCCACCACCUCCACCGAAGGCCGUGGAUCCUCUAUCUACAAGUGAAACCAGUGUUUCUUUGUCCAUAUAUUCCGCUUCUAUUCGAGUGAAAUUGGACAAAAAGAUGACUGCGGAGAUACACCGUUCAACUAAGAAAAAUCCUCCAACCACAAUGAAGUUCGAACUUAUAUAUACAGCAAAGGACGAAUAUGACGCAAGCUGUGAGGAGGAUGCCCAACAACUCGAGGCGACUGGGAGCAUAUUUCAAGGACUUCGUGCAGAUCUGCAAGGAGCUGGUACUGCCCGAGUCUUCAUUGGUCACAGUACGGCUCAGAGCACUGGGUUGGGAGGCCAUGUCGCCGCUCGUUUUAUACCCACAGUUGAACGAGAGUCGAUCGAUUUCAUGGAUCGCCACGUAGCCAUAUGGAACAAAGAGCUACUCUUUAUCGGAGGAUUCCUCUCAAGGGCAGCAUACGAAAUCGAACUUUCCACCGUUCGGCAACAAUGGGAGGCUUUAAGUUCGCCUAACGAACCCAUAAGUCCCGAAGCCCGGUCAAGAGCUACGAAGGGUGUUCUCCAUGCUCUUAAAUUCUUUAUGUUCUAUCCCUCAACACCAUCGGCCGAGGUAUCAAGCUUAAUGGAGGCAGCCUUUUUCGAAUGCUCUUCGAAAGGCCUUUUCCCUAUUAUGUCCAGCAAAGGUGUUCGAAACUCCAAGGACGUUCGCCUGCCCAAUCCAGAGUUCACCGGGUUCCUGAAAGAUCUGGCUGUUCUUCCUGAAGAAAUCGUAAACGGCGCUCCAUCUGUAAUUGCAUCCCUGCAUGAACGGGGUCUGAUAAAGGACAUCAACUUCAAUGACGUCUUGCAGGAGCUACAAAGACGGCCUUUGAAAGAAGAGGAGGCUAUUGCUUGUCUGCAGUGGUGGAUCAACAAUUUUGAACGAGGAAAUCGGAACGUUCCAACGACCUUACGCUCGCAAUUAAUCAACGCCACGAUCCUCACAGUUGGAAAUGAAGAUGACCAGAAAAUCAUCCCUUUGGCGUCCGUGAAACACGUCAUCAACCCAGCAAAAAUUACAGGUCGCAUUCCUCCCGAAUGCCCGCUUCCAGAUUGCCUUCUACCACUCAGCGUCAGUCAGUCUUUCAAACCUGAGAGCCUGUGUUCAUCCUUUCCGUGGACCGAAUUCACGAUUGAACACUGGAUUGUUUACCUCUGUGACGGGCGUACCUCUCUGCCAGCGCAAUUUGAUUUUUCACUGUCUCCUGCGUGGGCGGAACGAGUCAUUACAACUACCUCUAACGCUUGGAAAUUUUUACCUCGGUCCUCCAAAGAGUCAAUCGUCGCACUGUUGCACGACAACGUUUGUGUUCCCACGUCGAACGGGAUGAAAAAGCCAGAAGAGUCUUACUUUCCUAAUGUCAACAUAUUUGGGGAUCUUCCGGUUAUAACUUUUCCUACACUUCAAGCUAUAAGAGGUCCAGUAGAGGUACUGUUGACGGAUCUUGGUGUCCGGAAACAUGUAGAGCUUCAAAUCGUUUUUAACAGGAUGAUCAAGACAAACACGUGGACUGUCGCAGACCUUAUGAAAUAUCUGGUCUCCGUCAGAGACACGCUCGCAGAAAACGAAUUGGAAAGGCUAAAGGCCACUGCUAUAUUUCAUAGCGAGGCAGAGAUGGAAGACACUCAAGGAAAGCGGCCACGCUACAAGGCGGCUCAAUUGUACGAACCUCUUGAUGUCUUACGCGGACUUGGCUUGCCCGUUAUUGAUUGGGGCCAUAAAGCUAAAUGGAGGAGUUCCUCAGACGAGGCGAAGUUCUUAUUCGAACUUGGACUCCAACGUUACCCAAUUUUGGAAAAGUUAAUUGACCUCUGUACUUCCAAUGAUGCCAACAUUCGCUCCUCCUCCUUGAAAUAUCUUAUCGACAACCUUGGAUCACGAUAUAAAGACUACGACCCUGUGAAUUUCAAAGACGUUGCCUUUAUUCCCGCUUUAAAGGGUUCCGACUCCCAGCUGGGGACCAUAAAAGAAGUCUUUUCUAAUGCCGAGUGGGCGUCCUUGGGGUUCCUAGUUCUCGAUCCUAAGUAUCGUGGUGAUGCCAAUAAGCUCCUAGUGAAAGAGAACCCCCCUGCACCUCAGUUGGUUACGCACCUCCGAAAGACUCCUCCUGCAGAUGAGUUGCAAGCUACCAAGUGGUUUGGCCUAUUCGCCACCCGUGUUAACGAUUUCAAGAACUCAGAUCUACAAGUCUUGUCCCAGCUGCCCUUUGUACCAGUCAGACUCGAGAAGUCUGCUACUGCACCCCUUAUACGAUGGUUUCCGCCUUCUCAAUGCUAUUUGGGCAACUCGACUGAGACUUUCCACUCCAAACUCUUUACAUUUGUUAACUUUGGCACCUCGGCCAACGCAUUUCUAAGUGCAUGUGGAACGCGGAACCAGCCCACCGUCGAGGAAGUCGUUAAAAUGCUUCUUGACAACCCGCGCAGGUUCUAUGACUUGGCUGGCGGGCCCACAAACUUCUUAGCCGAAAUACGCAAUGUCGCCGUCAAUGCCAAAAAUAUCUCUCCGUCUACCAUUCAAAGAAUGAAGAGGUCACCUGUCCUUCUUGGCCUUCAACGAAAACCGAGAGAUAAGAAGGGUGAUUCAGACCAAUGGGAUGAUGAUGAAUGGGACCUUGUCUAUGACCUCAAACGGCCAAACGAGAUUGUCAUAGCUGACGAUACACAGGCAUUUCAGACAUUCAGUGACUCUGCUAUCUUCACUUCUCCUCAGGAGGACAUAAUUGAAGACUUCUACAUCAGCCUUGGAUCACCUAGACUGAGCCGGAUCGUCAGAGAAGAGUACACGCCCUCUGGCCCCGAACUACCUUCUUCGAAACGUGCCUUAGAAACAAGGUCCCUAAUACUUGAGCGUCUACCUCUGUUCCUACAUGAGCACACCCAUGCUCGCACACGAGUAACUUUUUCUUGGCUGUCCUCAAAUAAUAAUUUUGUCGUCAGAAGCUUCGGGAAGAUCGCCGCGACGAAACACCUGAACCUUGGUGAACUCAGAUUGUCUCGACGACAAGAUGCCUCAGCUGUGGGGAGAAGGGUGGGCUCUGGACCUAUUGAGCUGUGGAUUGCUGACAGCUCGCAGAUUGACAUGUAUGAGGUGGCCACAUCCCUGAAUCGACUUAUCUUCGAUUCUCCAAAAACGAAUGAUGCCUUACUAUUCAUGACGAUUUUAUCAACAGACCUUCGGUCCCUAAAACGAAGAGGCUAUAAUGUUGAUCGUAUCCUUCGUCAACAGAAAGAAGCACGGACAGCUGCAGAGCUUGCUAGGGUAGCCAAAGAGAAGGAACAGUCCGAAUUUGCCCCACCACCCCCAUACAAGGAUGCGCUUGGUCCGGAACCGAAGUCUAUCGUCGAAACAAAAACCCCGCCAGCAAACCAGGCACCAGAGAACCGUCCUUCAUCUUCCUCACCCUUCCAACUGUCGAACUUCUUGAAACGAAAGCUGGACGCAAUGGCAGCGGGUCAAUUCGAUAAAAUCGCAGAGAGCAUCGCGAAGGAAAUUGCCUCGGGCGGGAUGACACCAAGCCUGCUCGAAAAAGUUGCACAAGAGAUUGCCAAGCGCAUUAGUGCAGGCGGAGUCACCGAUGGCCAGCUGGAGAAGCUUGCAGAAAGUGUAGCAAAGCAAAUGUUAGCACAUCAAGCGUCACCCAGCCAACUCGAACAGCUGGCGCAGGCUGUCGAGCGGCAGGUUCCUGCCAAUGAUUCUGCCAGCCCCCAGCUUUUGAGAUUUGCAGAGCUUCUGAGGUUGCAAAUUCCAGGCGGCUCCGCGGACAAACCCCCACCGAUACCUGACAAGUUGCCUUUAUCUGCAUCUGGGAAGCCCCCACCAACGAUAGGAGGAACGCCGUCGAUUCUAGGCCCUUUUGGAGGUUUAAGCCCAUUUGUGGGGACAUCGCCCAGCCGAGGCCGAACGCCAGAUCUUGGAGUGACUCCAUGGAAGAAAAUCUCCGAUAACAUAGAGCUUGCUGUUCAAUCUUGCAAACAAGAAACAGGAGAUCUCCUCCACAACCGAGAAAGCAUGCAAAAAGUGAAGGAAAGCGUGGAUGACGGCUACUGUGACAUCUCAGGCCGUAAAGAUAACCUCCACCAUAUCGCCCAAAUGGGUCCCGUAAAGAUAUACCUGUCGGAUGAGGUGUUACCGUCCAUCUCACCGCAGGUGUUCCUUCAGGAGAAAGAACAAUCCAUCAGCCGCUUCAUUCACAUCAUGCAGACAUUGGCCAGUGUCUAUGAGCUGCCCGUUUCUACACUUCAUAUCUUUUACGAUCUUCAAGGGGGCAUUAUCGGCUUCAAUCGCAAUAGUAGCAUAUUCCUCAAUUUGCGGUAUUUUAUUGAAUGGCACGACAGCGAUGUCCUGAGUGGGAACUUGGAGCCUGCAUACAUAUCAUGGUACUUCACAAUCGCGCACGAAAUCGCGCACAAUCUUGUACACCCACACAACUCUGAGCACGAGUUCUAUUUCUCUGCCAUUUCAGAACGCUUUCUUACCAAACUAAUCCAUAUCUUGGGAGGCAGGAAGACCUUUGACUGA